CUGAGGGGGAGUUCCUUUCUGCAAAUCCUGAUGCUUCUUAUUUAAUGGCACUGACUGAAAGUCGCUAGAGUUUGGCAAACCAAGGUCUUGAGCGGAUUUUUGGUGUUUGUGUUGUUGAUGUCACUACUAGCAGAAUCAUUCUUGGACAGUUUGGAGAUGAUGCUGAAUGCAGUUCAUUGUGCUGUCUAUUAUCUGAGCUGAGGCACGUAGAAAUUGUAAAACCUGCUAAAAUGCUUAGCUCCGAAACUGAGAGAGUAAUGGUGAGACAUACUAGAAAUCCCUUGGUCAAUGAGUUGGCUCCCCUCUCAGAAUUCUGGGACGCGGAUAAAACUGUUCAGGAAGUCAAAACUAUCUACAAGCGUAUUGGUGAUCUUUCAGCUUCUGGACCCUUAAAUAAAACAGAUUUGGAUACAACUAACCUUAAUGUUGGAGAAUAUAGGCCAAGCUGCCUGCCCAGCAUUUUGUCAGAGUUUGUCAAUAAAGGAGAAAAUGGAAGCCUUGCUCUCUCAGCUCUUGGAGGCGCUCUCUAUUAUCUAAAACAGGCAUUUUUGGAUGAGACAUUGCUUAGAUUUGCAAAAUUUGAUUCCCUUCCUUGCUCUGAUUUCUGUGAGGUUGCUAAGAAACCAUACAUGAUUCUCGAUGCUGCUGCCCUGGAGAACCUUGAGAUUUUUGAGAACAGCAGAAACGGAGACACUUCAGGGACGCUGUAUGCGCAAUUGAAUCAUUGUGUGACGGCAUUUGGAAAGAGGUUGCUUAAAACAUGGCUAGCAAGACCAUUAUACCAUUUGGAAUCAAUUAAAGAUUGCCAGGAUGCUGUAGCAGGUCUGCGGGGGGUAAAUCAACCCAUGAUGGUUGAAUUUCAAAAGGUGUUGUCCAGGCUUCCAGACAUUGAGCAGCUGCUUGCACGCAUAUUUUCUACCAGGUAAGGAUAAGAAGGAAUUAAGCAUGCAUCAAAUGUAUUUUUCUAGCAUUAUGCAAGUACUGAGCUUCAUGUAAAUAUGUUUAUUGUGCAUUAUUUUUAUUGAAAAACAGCGAAGCCAAUGGAAGAAAUGCAAAUAAAAAUCCACAUGAUUUUUUUUAUGAUUUUUUUAUUUUUUUUCA